CCACCUCAGUGAGCCUGAGCCCUCGCGCCCGAUAGAAAGUGGUUCGAUGAUAAAAGGCCCACGAGAGCCGGCGCUUCAUUGACCCUUACGCAAGUUGCUGAGCUUCUUCACGACGUUCAGACAACGCCCGGAAAAAGAGAAGAAAGGAGACAUGGCCAGCAACAACAAUAACUCCUCCAACAAAAACCCUAAAAAGGCCAAUCUCUUAGAUCACCACUCCAUCAAACACAUCCUUGACGAGUACGUCUCCGAGAUCGUGACGAGUCGUGGAUAUGUGGAAGAUGUGAGGAUGAGCAAUGUGAGGUUGUUGAUGGGGUCGAUCAUCAUUAUCAUUGCACUCGUGGCACAAUUUUACCCGAAGAAGUUUCCUGAGAAUCGAGAUUUUCUGAUUGUUUGCAUCUUAUUGUAUAUCCUCUUCAAUGGGCUGUUGCAGUUGAUCAUAUACACAAAGGAAAAGAAUGCAAUCCUGUUUACCCAUCCUCCUGAAGGGUUCUUUAACAGCACAGGUUUGGUGGUCUCUUCCAAGCUGCCAAGAUUCUCUGAUUUGUACACACUUUCCAUAGCAAGUGCAGACCCAAAAUCAAAGGCUGCAAAGGACCCAGUAGAGUUUACUAAAAGCGUCACCCAGUGGUUCACCACAGACGGAAUUUUGGUGGAGGGCCUGUUCUGGAAAGACGUUGAAGGACUAAUAAAUGACUAUGCAAGAGAACCUAAAAAGAACAAGUGAAGCAAGCAUCAAACAUUGUUUAAUAGGAGAUUGGUCUUAUUGGAAAAUUCUCCAGUAAUAUUUUGACUGAGCCUAGAUGUGUUAUUUCAGCUAAUUAUGUUGCUUGCAUUUACAAAAUUUUGAACCAACCCAAUGGAAUUGAUAUCGAGUCAAACUUGAGAAGACAAUUUACACCAUAAGUUGGCUAAUGAGAAUCUGGGAGCUUUUGGCAUUUCUUGAUUUGCCCA